AUGAAUCACAGGUUGGAUUUUCACCUCUGUGCUAUAAACCAAGCCCUGCUGUCUGUUUGGAGGUCAUGUGACCGGGAAAGGAGGUGGGGAGGAUUGGAGGAGAAGAGCAGAAAGCUAAGGACAUUGGGAUGCAUUUUACCACUCCACAAGCAUCCCUAUAGGAGUCAAUCUGGCCCUUUUCAGUGGACUGACACUAAAUAUUGGGCUCUUAAUAGCUUGGAUAUGUUUGGCCCAAGGCAGCUGGUAUCUACUCUCCUGCCUGCAGUUUUCCAUUCACCUGCAGCUCACUUUUUCCCUGCAUUCCCAACCAGACUGGGCUCUCAACCUCAGAUCCUGAUCCCGGGGCCCUUUAUCAGCUAUGAAUCCUUGAGGAAUUAUCUGCAGCCAGAGCCAUGCAAGGAAGCUUUGCUUCUGGCCACACAGGCGGUUGGGAUGGGGCCACUCACAGAUGGCAUAGAUGAACAGAGGCCAGUGAAGCAACGUCGUGCACGAGCCAACUACAGCAGCUGGCAGCUGGAGGAGCUGGAGAAGGCCUUCGAGACCACCCACUACCCAGACAUCUUCAUGAGGGAAGCCCUGGCCGUCAGACUGGACCUCAUCGAAGCCAGAGUACAGGUUUGGUUUCAAAACCGCCGUGCAAAGAUGAGACGACAGCUGAAACUCCAGGGCCAACUUGCAGGGCCUUAUGUAAACAAAGACAAUGAUGAAAAGUCUGAGAAAGAGAGCUUAAAACAGCACACAGAAAGUUCUGAUGGUGAGCACUGUGAGAGACGACAGGAAGGAGAUAAAAACUAUCCAUGGACAAAUGCUGCGACUGCUGCGCUGAGCAUACGUAUGCAGCCUGUGACCCAGAGGUCCGGGAAAUGGGAGAGGCCGGAGGGGCCAAGUUCAGAGGAGCUCCGCUCCUGCAGCAUCGCCAAGCUGAGGGCCAAAGCCAGAGAGCAUGAGGCUGAGAUCCACAGCACGGUAAACAUGUCAGGAGGCGACAAACAGUCACAAACACAGGAAGCUGAUGCCGUGCACAAUGAUUGA